AGUCUUCGACCCUACACGGAACUUCGAGAGAAGAGGGAAGUUCAGUUUGUUUACAUCGUUAGAGGAAACCUCUUGUCUGAAGACAUAUAUAAUGAAUGGAUAUAGUUGACUUCUGCUCUGUGGAGAUUUCAGUUUGAUGACUGUACGUCUUGUUUGCAUUUGUGUUUUUUAUCAGCAGAAUGUCUCAGCUGCAGCCACAGAACCAGCUCCAACAGACAUCAGAGCCCCCGCUGAACGUCCAGGAGUUGCAGUUCUGGCUUGACAAAGCAGCGGCCUGGGGCCAGGCUGACAGCCCCGACACUCGGAAAGACACCUGCCUGCACUUGAGCAGACUGAAGGAUUACCUCCAGCUACUCCUCACACAUAUGAACAACAUGAGCUCCACAACAGAGAGAAUGAAGACGCUGCCCCUCCUCGGCCAGUUUCUUGGCCGACUCUGCUGGAACCCUUAUGUCACUGCUGAUGCUACGGGCAGAAGGCUGCUGUUGCAGUGUCUGUGGGGACUCUACUCAGAGCAUCCAGGCAAUGCUUUGGAAAGAAAAGCCAACCAGUGGAUACGGAAAGUGCUGUGUCAGCUUGCUACAGAAGAAGAUGACGAUGCUGCAGCGCUGGCAUUAAUGAAGCGAAUGGGUGUAUCGCCUAAAGAAUACCAUCUCAAAGUUCUGAAAAUGAUGGUGGCACUGCUGCAGGAAAACAUUGGGAAGAGCUGCCGUUCUUUGGUCGAUUUAAAUCAGAGGUGUUCAUGUGACAACAUUCGGGCCACAUCAGAGGCUUGUGUUCCCCUGGUCACUUGUCCCGAGGCGGCUCUUCUCAUUGGUGCCCUGCUGCAGCAGCCAAUGACUUGUGUCAGGGCAGCACUCAGUCAAGACUUCCUGGAUGCUCUGAGCUCUGCCUACUCCAGCCAAUGCAUUUCACUGGAGGAGCAAGCAGUAGUCUCUCUGUGGUAUCACAACCUGUCCAGCCUGGAGGACGCAGUCCUCAGUCUGCUGGAGUGUGUUCUCACCAACACAGGGUCAACGCCACAAGAGCUAAAGCAGCAACUGGCACAGUCUCUGCUGCCUAAAGCCUGUGCUCAGCACUGCUCCAUAUUCUUGGUUGCAAACGACAUCUUCAGGUCCUUCCUUAAGCAAACCGAAGGGAACGAGUCUGUUAAGUAUCUCAUCCAAACCUUUUCCAGCUGUUUCCUCAGAGAACUGGCCCGUCUGCAGCACAAGACGAGUGGAUCUUGGAAGGCCUUGUUCCCGCAGUCACCUCAGAGUCUGCUGGUUCCUCUCUUGACCCGGCCGUCAGAGAUGCCUCGGGAGGCUUGGAAACAUCACCUGAACUGGCUCAGCGGCUCAUUACAGACGCUGACUGAGGAAGAAGAGGAGGGAGAUGGAGACGGCAGCAGAAGCACCAGGUUGGAGGGGCACCACAAAGUGUUCGAGGCCUGGUUCCUGCUGAUUCAGUGUGCCCACUGGGUGCAGGUGGCUGUCUGGCUGCUGGUCACAUCGGAUCCCGAGGACUGUGGCCCCCUCCUGUGGCUGCUCACCUUCUACCACCACCCCACCAACAGGGGGCACCACAGAGCAUCACAGCUGGUACAUGCCAAAGAAGCAUGGGACCACCUCCACUCCCUGUACUCGGUCUCAUCUUGUCCUCUUCCCGUUGACCGCUUGCAGUCAUUGGUCACUCUGCUGUCACCACAGCCUGAGCGGCCAUCACUGUCUCCAUUAUUCAUCCUCAACCUCUUAGUCAACUUUGCUGUUUUCUUCCAACAGUCGCUGAGUGGAUCAGCAGAGAUUUUACAGACGGUGGUGAACCGGUCCGGUCUGGUUAAUGAAGCAGCGUGUGUUCUCCGCUCACUGGAGCUCAGACUCAACGAAGAUAGCUGCUUAUCAAGCGACACUAACAGAGUUCAUCUCAGGAUCAACGCACUUCAAAACACACUAACACAUAUGCAUGCAGCAUCGGAUCCUGCAGGGAACCAAGCACACGCACACAUUAAUGCACAGAACCAGACAGCAGUGAGUUCAUCCUCCACUCCACCAGGAUCCUUGCAGAAUGACAAAUAGCCAGGCUCUUGUGUAGAUAUGAUGCAGUGCAAUGACAGGAGUGUGUCAAAACAGCACACCAGGGACAGAUUAUGUGGAGAAACAACAAUUAUACGCACACACACAACACAACUACAAGGACACUUGAGCAGUGACAGAUCACACUGCAAAGAAGCAGCAGCUCGUGCAGCGUGUCGGAGUCCUCCCACUCGUAUCAUUUCCUCACAAAACAAAUCCUUCACGUUACACAUGCUGACUGGAAGACAUUUCGCUUUGGAGAUUAGGCACUUAUCUUUGUAUAAAUACUAUUUUUGUUAAAAUGUUUAUAUGGAAAACAUUUAGACAGUACUGUGCGUAUGAUAAAAUAUAAAUACUUAAAUGUAAUGUCACUUCUUUCCUUGUGUACAUUGUUUAUAUUCAUUAUUUAUAAAGAUGGAGAAUGUCUCUAUGUUCUUUAUUUAACAUUA